AUGUUGUAUCCAUUUUCAUUUCUUAGCUCCAAACAUGCUUCUACCAUGGCAUUUCCUUCCCCGUCACUGCUUAAUACUACGUCGGUUCACCUCUCCGGCAAAUCUCCCACUCUUCCUUUUCCAUGCAAACCAUUCAAUAACCCACUUGCACUUCGGUCCAUUCUCUGGGUGAGGGCUAGCUCAUCUUUACCACUUUUUGAUGUCAAUGAGAGCAAAAGCAUGUGUGAUUUUUUUGACAUGGAACUAAAAGUCCGCGAGUAUGAGCUUGAUCGGUAUGGUGUGGUCAACAAUACAGUUUAUGUUCAUUAUUGCCAACAUGGUGGCAAUGAAUUUUUGGAAACCAUUGGUAUUAAUUUUGAUGAAUUGGCUGUUACACUGGCAGUGUCAGAACUAUCCCUCAAAUUCCUUGCACCUCUGAGAGGUGGAGACAAAUUUAUUGUAAAAGUUAGAAUUUCCAACGUUUCAGCUGCCCGUGUAUACUUCCAACAUUUCAUCUAUAAGCUACCAAACAAAGAGCCUAUUUUGGAAGCUAAGACCACAGUAGUGAUGCUUGACAAAAACUAUUGUCCUAUUCGAAUUCCGGCGGAUAUAAAGUCUAAAAUUGUUAAAUAUAUUUCUGGGAGGAGGAAGUUUAUACAAAUAAAUAGUGUUUAG